UUUAAAUGCAGUCAGUUAGGGCACACACACACACACACACACACACACACACACUGCUGUUAGAGAGCGUUGUAGAAGAGGUUGAUGGCUGAUCCUGCGCAAAGGCUGGUAACCGCGUCCUUAAGAGGCGGAGCCCAGGUGACAGAAGUGGGCGGGGCCAGAGGCUCUGUACCUCACGUGGAGCUGAAGCUUGUCCAGUCACAAUCAGAGACAGGCUCGGAGACGGACCUUAAUAAUGAUGUCACGACUUUGAUGCACCAACGGCUCAGACUGAGGAAGGCUGUAGUGUACCUGAUGUUGACAGGACUGCUGAUAUUCACUACAGCAUUCCUCCUGGGAUAUGUGACAUCUCGCCGAAUGUGUCCUCUCUGUGUGGACGAGGGGGAGCUGGUGCUAAUCGAUGACACGGCAGAAACAGAUCAUUCUCUGAAGACGGAGGGGAUGUACCUGGGGGAGCUGAGAGACAUGCUGAAGAAAUACCUGCAGGAGGAUAAGAUCGAGGACACUGUCAAGCGAGUGAGCAGGACAGCCCACCCCACUGGGUCCUCUGAGGGACAUGCUUUAGCCAUGGAGAUCCUAAAGAGCUUCCAGAACCUUCAAAUGGAUCACACAUGGAUCGACUCCCACUACGCCACAUUACAGUUUCCCUCCAGGACACAGAGGAAUGCACUGUGGUUGGUUGAUGCUGAGGGGGCGGAGCUUGAGGAGAUUCUUUUAGACCAUGCUGAUUACUGCGCCUACAGUGCCACAGGAACGGCCACGGGAGGUGUGGUGUAUGUAAAUUACGCCCGUCAGGAAGACUUUGAUCAGCUGAAGGAGAUUGGUGUGGCUCUGAAUGGCUCCAUUGCUGUGGCAAGGGUGGGAGGGGGUGUGAGCUUUGCUGAGAAGGUGUGGCAUGCACAGGAGUCGGGGCACGUGGGCAUCCUAAUUUACCCAGACCCCGCUGACAUUCCACAGGAUCCACGGCGACUUGGUCUCCAUAGCAACGCUGCUAUCUCUGAACAUGUGCACCUAGGAUCAGGUGAUCCCUUCACUCCUGGAUUUCCUUCCUUUAAUCACACCCAGUUCCCACCCACCCAAUCCUCUGGGCUGCCAAUCAUCUUGGCUCAGCCAAUCAGUGCCAAUGUAGCUUCUAAACUGCUCAGUCAGCUGGCGGGCGUGGCAUGUCCACGAGGGUGGAGUGGGCGCCUCCCGUAUGUCCACUGUGUCCUGGGUCCUGAUUUCUCAGCAUCAGAUGGACGGAAGGUUAAGAUGGCCGUCUAUAACACCAUGAACUCCGUCCUGCUGAACAACAUUUUUGCCUCCAUUGAGGGAAAAAUUGAGCCUGACCAGUAUAUUAUAAUGGGGGCUCAGAGGGACUCGUGGGGUCCAGGAGCCGUCAAGUCUGGAGUAGGAACAGCAGUUCUGAUGGAACUUGCACGCACUUUUAGUACCAUGGUGCAGAAUGGAUUUUCUCCCAGACGCAGUUUGCUUUUUGUCAGCUGGGAUGCUGGAGAGUUUGGAAAUGUGGGCGCCACUGAGUGGCUGGAGGGUUACCUGUCCAUGCUACACCUGAAGGCUGUGGCCUACUUCAGUCUGGACCAAGCAGUCAUGGGUGAUGACACUUUCUCUGUCUACAUGAGUCCCUUGCUUGCUGACCUAAUCGAAGGAGCCAUUAAACAAGUUGAACACCCGAAGCAUGUUGGUCAGUCUAUCAUGUCUGUGGCUGAAGGUCAGGGUGGUUGGAGGAGCAGAGUAAAGCCGCUGUAUCUGAACAGUGGUGCAUACAGUUUCACAGCGUUUGGUGGUGUUCCUGCCAUGGAGCUGCGGUUUCAUGAGGAGGGUCAUGUGUACCCGUUUGUGAACACACAGAUGGACAGUGUGUCUCGUCUGCAGGAGCAUCUGCAGGGCCGUGUGUGUGUGGUGGGCCGAGCCGUAGCCGAGCUGGUGGGACUGAUGGUGCUGAGACUUGCUCAUGAUCACAUCAUCCCUCUGGACAUCACGCCCUACAGCACAACAGCCCUCAAACUCAGUGCCCUGCUCACACAGCUGUCUACAGAGCUACAGGCACGGGGUCUGUCCCCUCAGUGGGUGUACAGUGCAAGAGGAGAUUACAGUCGAGCUGCUAAAACACUACAGGAGGCCAUUAAGAACACAGACAUACAGGACGAGAGGAUGACACGCCUCUAUAACACACGGCUCAUGAGGGUGGAGUACUACUUCCUGUCUCAGUACGUGUCAGUGGUGGAGACUCCAUUCCGUCACGUUCUGCAUGGUCGAGGUGAACACACUCUGAGCGCGCUCACUGAGCAUCUCUCCCAGCUGCAUUCUCAUCCUCACCUGUUCUACGAGGCUCGGUUCCGCCGCCAGCUCGCACUCUUCACCUGGACACUGCAGGGAGCUGCCAACGCCCUGAGUGGUGAUGUCUGGAACAUCGACAACCCAUCUUAGGACCUUAAGAGAAGCCUGAACUGUCCAAAGCCUAUUCUACAACCUGCUAAAUAUUUCUAAAUCUUAAAGUCACGUGGAAACUUCACACACCGUGUAGAACAUUUAUACCCCUGAUGUAACCUCCUCACAGCUGUAACAUUCACAACCUGCUGUAGAUGCUGCAGAACGAGCACCACUCAAAAGCCCAUUCUAGAACCUUUGUUAUCUGUUCUAGUACCUACACAUCCACUGACGAUCUACUGUGGAACGUUUACUGUGUUACAGAAUUAUUCACAACUCUGAGAUGAUUCACAGCAUGUUCUUGAGCUCCUGUCCUCGGACUUCUUUAGAACCUUCACAAACCCAUGGCAGAACCCUCACAGUUUCUUCAGUUACACAUUUGACAGCUUUCAAAACAAACAUCCAGCAUUUUCAGGAAUUCCUGGAACUAGAGUUUUGUUCCCACCAUAACCUUAAGUUAGCCCUUUAACAUCACAACAUAUUUUAUACAAACCUGUGUGUGUGUGUGUGUGUGUGUGUGUGUGUGUGUGUGUGUGUGUGUGUGUGUGUGUGUGUGUGGUUAAUUAAUGAUUAAUACACAGUUAUGAUUAUACUGUAAUACUUUUUUUAUUACUGAGUGAUAAUGUUGUUAAUAGAAGCAGUAAUUAUCGAGAGCAGUGUCUCUCAUAAUUAUGACAGGUUUACUGUCGUCCAAUCAGAAAGCAGCAUCUGCUAUCAAUUGUCCCUGUGAUGUCAGAGCCACGCCUCAGACUGUGACAUCACCAGGUUGUGUUUUGCCGGUAGUAAUGGAGACGAGAGUGUGGAGGACAUCAGAGGGACGAGCUCAGAGAAGGUGUGUGGUGGAUCUGAUCAUCUUCAUGCUCUGUGUUUGUGAUAUUAUUGAUUAUUGUUCACCA